AUGCCGUGCCUCCCUAGCGCACUGUCGGCGCUCUCUAUCCUCGCUUUGCUUGGCGCCGUGGCUGGAGCCGGUAUGACUACACUGCCUCCAAGCCCGACAACCCGCGCCGCGACCACAUCGCCCGCCGCGACACCACCGCUCUGUAACUUUGAUGGCAUGUGCUUCUGCCCCAUCGGUCUGACCGCCCGCAUCGAGCUCGACGCCUUCCGCUGCCCCACCUGCCUUUGCCUGAUUGACGAGGAAGAAGACAGCUUUGAGGUGCCCGCCACUGAGGAGCCCACCGAGGACCCCUGCAGCUUUGACGGCACCUGCGACUGUCCUGACCACCAGCAGGCCUCCAUUCGUGUUUACGAUGGUUGCCCGACCUGCAUCUGCUCAGACCCCGUGACGACGCGAGCACCAACCACCUCUCGCAUCCAGACAACCACCCAGGCACCCAUCUCCACGACCAACAUUCAGGCCACCUGCGCCCCCUAUCGCCCAUGCAACUGUCGCCCUGGCGCAAUCAGCGUGGACACGUUUGACCGAUACGGUUGCCGGAGCUGCUCCUGUAAGCCCGUUCCAACCACAACCCCGGCACCUACCACUACCAACUCUCAAGCCCAGACUACUGUCGGACCCCAAGUAACCACAAACCAGAACAGCUGCAGCGCCUACGUACCCUGCAACUGCCGACCUGGAGCCGUUCCUCGAGAUUACCUGGCUGCCCUGUUCCCGACUGCCACUCUUGCCAAGCGCACCAAAACGUCAUCAGCUUUGAAUACAACGGUUGGAUGCUACUAUUGUCGCUGCGAGGACAGGAAUGCACCCCAAACUUCGCCUUAUCCCCCGCAAUGUGCCAACCCUGAUUGCCACGAGUGUCAAGCGCAUCAGACCGUUGAGUUCUAUCAAGAGGCCGGCUGCCCCAAAUGCCGCUGUGUCACUCCCGGUGAACCUAGCACCUCUCGUGUGCCGCUGACCACAACCCAACCAACCACGACCCCUCGUCAUGUUCCCACCACGACCCCUCGCCAUGUUCCCACCACGACACAUCGACCCAUGCCAACUACUGCAGGAUCAACCACCGCCCCCGGCCCCACCAACGUUCCCGCUGACCAGUGCCCAGUGCCCACGCAGUGCAAUGGCGCCUGUCGCUGUGAGUGCUUGCACUGCCCAUGUGCACAUCUCCAAAUGAGCAAGCGCCUCGAGAGGCCGCUGGCCCUCGAGACUGCUUCAGAGGUGCCCUUUUGGACAACGGUAGCUGGUUGCUACGGGUGCCUGUGCAUUCCCAGUGCUGAGAAUCGCGACUAUGAUGUCAACUGCAGUGCCCCUGCAGAAGACCUGACAGAGUGGAUCUAUUCCUCUUGGAACCCGUGGUCUGCUUCGUGUGGCAUGGCUUACCGGUUUCGAAUGGCGCUGUUCUGCCCUGCAGCUUUGUGCGGGGCAACUUGUGGUCACCCGCUCGAGGUUGAGUCCCGUGACAUGGGACCCUGCCCAACAACUACCAUUGCCCCGGCCAACAACGCCCAGUCGAGUGAUAACGGGAAGCAAGCAUUUGUGCUGCGCGAUGCGCUGACGGGUCCGGCCAUGGGCCUGAUUGUGGCCGGCAUCGUGCUGCUGUUGCUCGUGGUGGCAGCCAUCGUCGUAGCCUUGCGUCGCCGCCAGUCCCGCCAUGUCAUGAAUGAACUUGAGGGCUUGGAGUACGAUGAUGGUUCGCUCAGCCUGAGGCCAGCGCCUGUACCGCUGCAUCGCGACAGCGAGGCCCAGCCCAUCGUCGCCAACCCGGCGUUUGAAGAUGAGGCAUGA